AUGAGGAACAGUGAGAUGAGACCUCCUGGAUCAACUCCAUUACCUGAAGCCAAUAAGGCUGUAGAGGAAAAGAAACAACCCACCAAAGAAAGUAACCACGUCCAUCAUGAUAAACCACACGACUAUGGAAAUGGCUAUGGUAGAGGAGGCCGUGGUGGAUGGAGAGGACGUGGUGGGCGUGGCAAUUAUAGCUCACACGGCCGUGGGAAAGGGAACCACUAUAACCGUGGUAGUGGUCCCAAUGGUCCCAGCUAUGGCCGUGGUCGAGGCAUAAGCAGUGGUAUCUCUAAACCACCACACUCGUCCAAAUCAGUAUGCCACAGGUGUGGAAUGGAUAACCAUUGGGCAAAGAAUUGUAGGACUCCCAGACAUCUUUGUGACCUCUAUCAAGAGAGCCAGAAAGGGAAGAAUCAAGAAGCCCAUUUGGUCCACCAUGAUGGGGAAAACGAUUUUGAUCAUGACCAGGAUGACCUUAUGGAUUAUGAGACUUCAGAUUGCCUAAGAGAAUGA